AUGGUGUUUCUCUUGUUAGCCAUCUUAAGCUUAUGCAAACCAAACUCCUUGGCCUGCAAUGAAAAGGAGAAACAGGUCCUUCUCCGCUUCAAACAAGCUCUCACCGAUCCUGCAAACCGCCUCUCUUCUUGGUCUCUCACUGAAGACUGUUGUGGAUGGGCAGGUGUCCGCUGUGACAACGUGUCUGGUCGCGUAUUCGAGCUCCAUCUUGGUAAUCCAUACGACCCUCAUGCUGUUAAAUUCAAUGGCAGGUCUGCUUUGGGAGGUGAGAUUAGUCCUGCUUUGCUAGAGUUGGAAUAUUUGAAUUUCUUGAAUUUGAGCUUAAAUGAUUUUGGAGGUACUCCCAUUCCUAGUUUCCUUGGCUCUAUGAGGAGUCUAACAUACCUUAACCUCUGGGAUGCUUCAUUUGGUGGUCUAAUACCUCAACAGCUUGGAAAUCUCUCAACCCUUCGCCACCUUGACCUAGGAGGAAAUUCUGGGCUUUAUGUUGAGAAUUUUAGUUGGAUUUCUCUUCUUUCUUCCUUGGAAUGCUUGUACAUGAGUUGGAUUGACCUUCACAGGGAUGUUCAUUGGCUUGAUUCUUUAAGUCUGCUCUCUUCCCUUUCAGAGCUAUACUUGCCAAAUUGUCAACUUAAUAACAUGAUUUCAUCACUUGGGUAUGUCAAUUUUACAUCUCUCACAGUCCUGUAUCUUCCUUCUAACAACUUCAAUCACAACAUGCCAAGUUGGUUGUUUAAUCUCAGUAGUCUUUGGUAUCUGGACCUGAGUGACAAUUCUCUGCAGGGUCAGAUUCCGAGCACCAUAUCAAAUCUUCAGAACUUAGGCUAUCUAAAUUUAUCAAUCAAUAUGUUAACAGGGCAAAUUCCAGAGUCUUCAGGGCAGCUCAAACAUCUAAUACUUGUUUCACUUUUUUCUAAUUCCUUAUGUGGCCCUAUUCCUUCACGGUUGGGAAACCUAUCAUCCUUGUCUUACUUAUAUCUUUAUAGUAAUAAGUUAAAUGGCACUGUUCCAAGGAAUCUGGGACUUCUUUCAAAUUUGGUGGUACUUUACAUCGGAAACAACUCCAUAGAAGGAACAGUAUCGGAAGUACAUUUUGCCAAACUCUCCAAGUUGAAGUACUUAUACGCGUCUUUGACAUCUGUUGUAUUCAAUGUGAGCCACGACUGGAUUCCUCCUUUUCAGCUUAAAUACUUAGUAAUGGGUUUUUGCAAGAUGGGUCCCAGGUUUCCUCUAUGGCUACAAACACAAAGAUCCCUUCAGAUUUUAGAGUUGUACGGGGCAGGAAUUGUGGACACAGCUCCAAAGUGGUUCUGGAAGUGGGCUUCACAUAUUCGAAUUAUCUAUCUUGAUCAUAACCAGAUAAGUGGAGAUUUAUCCCAAGUUCUGCUAAAUAGUACUGUCUUCUCUGUACAGUCUAAUUGCUUCACGGGUCAAUUACCACAUUUGUCACCAAAUGUUGUUGCGUUGCGUAUGUCCAAUAAUUCAUUAUCCGGACAGAUUUCCUCUUUCUUGUGCCAAAAGAUGAAUGGAAGAAGCAAACUGGAGAUACUCUACAUACCAUAUAACGCUUUGUCAGGGGAACUUCCUCAUUGUUUGCUGCACUGGCAAUCUUUGACUCAUUUAAACUUGGGAAGCAACAAUCUAACAGAUUUUGGUGGAAAUAAACUUACCGGAAACAUACCUAGCUGGAUAGGAGAAAGAACACAUCUAAUGGUUCUACAGUUAAGAUCCAAUGAAUUCUUUGGGGAUAUUCCUCCACAGAUAUGCCGACUUUCUUCUCUUAUAGUAUUGGAUCUUGCUGAUAACAGGUUAUCUGGAUUCAUACCGAAGUGCUUGAAAAAUAUCAGUGCAAUGGCUACAAGUCCCAGUCCAAUUGAUGAUAAAUUUAAUGCUUUAACAGAUCAUAUACUUUACAUUCCAUACACAGAGGAGCUUUUGUUGGUCAUUAAAGGCAGGGAAUCAAGAUACGGUAGUAUCCUUCCAUUAGUGAGGAUAGUCGAUCUUUCUAGUAACAAUUUGUCAGGAGCAAUCCCUUCUGAAAUCUCUAGUCUUUUUGGAUUGCAGUCUUUGAACUUGUCUCGAAAUAAUUUAAUGGGAAGGAUACCAGAGAAAAUCGGGGUUAUUGGAUAUUUAGAGUCUCUAGAUCUCUCGAACAACCAUCUUUCGGGUGAAAUUCCUCAAAGCAUCAUUAAUUUGACAUUUCUUAGUCACUUGGACUUGUCAUACAACAAUUUCUCUGGAAGAAUUCCUUCAAGCACACAGCUCCAGAGCUUUGAUGCUCUUGAUUUCAUUGGCAACCCUGAACUUUGUGGAGCUCCUCUCUUGAAAAACUGCACAGAGAAUGAAAAUCCGAAUCCCAGUGAUGAAAAUGGAGACGGCUUCGAAAGAUCAUGGUUUUAUAUUGGUAUGGCAACUGGAUUCAUAGUGAGCUUUUGGGGAGUCUGUGGUGCUCUUCUAUGCAAGAGAGCUUGGAGGCACGCUUACUUCAAGUUCCUUGACAACAUCAAAGACCGGGUUUAUUUGGCGACAGUGCUAAAAUUGAGCUGGCUCCGCUACCAUUUCAGAAGAUACCGCAUCAGUUUGAGAUGUCCAAGGAGCUGCAAACAGGAAAGAAUGGAGGAAAGAGGUAGUGGUGAAUCUUAAGAAAAACAUGUCCAGGUGAAGUGCCUU